AGAGGAGGCAGAGGAUUGUAGAGGAGGGAGGGUGGAAGAUCAGAAGAACAAAUGGCCAAGAAUAGAUGAUGGAGCGCUGGCAAAUGACUGAGGUUGACCGCGAGUGAAGUUGGUUUUUGCGGGAAAGCAGGUGUCCGUCUUGUCUCAGUUUUCAAAAAUGGAGUCCACUCACCUCCUGGGCGGCUCUAAGAAGAGGGUAAAGAUCCACCCUCACACUGUCACGGCCAAAUACGCCACACACACCCCCUACUCUCCUCAACCCGGAGUGCACACACACUUCCCCCAACCCGGGGAUGACGGCUACGAUGACGCUCCAUCUUUUGAGGACUUUGGCUCGUUCCUGGAGGAGACGUCAGACAGAAAACAGCUGACGGAGAGCCGGAAGUGGCCUCUGACGCUGUUUGGCUCUAAAGACAAAGACAAAGACACAUCCCACAGACCUCAAGCUGCCGGGGGAGGAGAAGGGAGUGAGGGGGGAGCCAAAGCAGCAAAGGGGACCGGGAAAGGAGUAGGGGAACAGCUGGCUAGUUUUGGUGAGGCGUCAGUGUCGGCGUCUCGGCUCACCUGGGUGGGGUUGCUCGGGGCGGCGCUGGCACAUGGCUGUUUGAUUGUUCUCACCCGUGUGGCCUCCGAACGCUUCAGCCUCGGCCCCCUGUUCCUGCUCUUGGUUCGGUCCAUCGUACAGCUCCUGUCUGUGGUUGUACCGCUAUCCAGGGGGGAGAACCUCUUUGGACCAGAGGGCUAUCGACUACGUCUGCUCUGUUAUGGCGUCUCCUACUCCCUCUCCCUUUGUUGCGCCUACGCAUCCUUAACCUUCGUCUCCCCCGGAAAUGCUACAACAACCUGGCGCCUGGCGACCACGGCACUGUCGGCGACCCUUGCCUUCCUGCUCUUGGAGGAGAGGCUGGGAUUGGCUGAUGGGAUCACCAUAGCCGCGGGGCUUUGCGGUUUGGGCCUUGUGUUACUUCCCACAGCAGAUGAGAGUAAUUCAGAUUCACCGACUGACCCGGUUGUGUUCUGGAGGGGCGCCUUUGGAUGGUCCCUUUCGGCACUCGCAGGGCUGUGGAUGGCCCUGGCGCUGGUCGGGUACCGUUCCCUGAAGGAAAGGGUGGGAGUCGGCACCGCUUUGUUCACAGUGAGUUGGACAGGCUGCCUGCUCGCCCCAGCCUCUUUGGUCCUGCUCCAGGAAGGCUGGUCCUGGCCUACGAGCGCCCCAGCCUUGGGCCUGGUCCUGGGUCUGGUCGUCUGCUCGGUUGCGGCCUUUCUGGGAAUGACGCACGCCCUCACCCGACUCCACCCGGCGCUGGUCUCCGCCUCUCAGAGCCUGGAGGUGCCUCUCGCCAUGCUCCUGCAUCUGGCGGUGCUGCCGGUGGCUCCCACUGCACCGGAGGUCGUGGGGAACGUGAUGGUCCUGCUGAGCGUCGGGUGGCUGGUGGCGAUGAAGCUGCUCCCCUCUCGAGGUGCCAGCCGGCGCCAAAGGGAGGAGUACGAGGAGAUCCUGGACUCACCCAUCAAAUAGACACCUCCUUCCCUCAAUCCCUCCUUCAUGAGAUUGAUUCCAGUGUACAUAAGAGACUGCUAAAUGUUUAUUGGAGCUUUAACUAUUUUGUAUCGUCCUCUUUGCUUUUUGAGAAAGUGCCAAUAUUGUGUUGUCUGGUAUGGUGACUAAGUGAUGUGAUAUUAAAAUCUCUCUGAUGAA